AUGCCCAAACAUGACUCAUUGAGUAAGCCCUCUGGGCCAAAGAUGAAAAAAGUAAAACUAAUGUUGCCUGUCAAUUCUAACAGCAAUCAGCACAAGGAUGGUAUGGAUGACACAAACCCUUCAAUGCCUGAAGACAUCGAGAUGGACGAUAUCAACUCUCAGAUUGCAUGGUCUCCUAUGCCUAACACUGAUGGGCUGGUCAAUGACAAGAUAGACAGCACUGCCCCUGCUGUACAGGCAGGAUCGAAGAUGACUCAAGCCCCUGCAGAGGGGUCUAAGAAUUCUGAAUCUACUCAGAUGGUUGUCACUACAGCAAAUGGAUAUAACCCUUGGGUUGAUAUUGUCAAUGCCAUCCCUAAAUUAUGCCAUGUCAAAACCCUGGAUUCCAACAUGGAAUAUGGAGAAGACCAUAUUCAGGUGUAUGACUGGGUUAGCAGAUUUCAAAAUGACUUUCCGCACUUGAUGAUGCUGGCCUUCAUUCCUUCAAUGCCUCACCUGACCAACUUGGCACUUGGCAAUCCAUCAGACUUCAAGUAUGACAAUAAGAGGAUUACAGGUGCAUACACCUACCCACAGAGCUUCUUCAUGCUCAGUUCAGUCACAUUUUCCAGCCUCUUCAAAGGCAACUUCAAUUGCGCAAUUGCGAUCAAACCUUUGGCAUUGUUCUGGCCUCACCAAGCAUCUGUUCUAGCUGAGAUAAUGGGGAUAGAUUUUAAAUGCAAUCUCCUCAGCUUCAAGACUGUACAAGACAGUCUCAUGUUCACGACGUAUCCCAAGCCUAAAGAUCCGUCGACACCCCCUUUGCCCAGUAAAGCAUGUAUUAACAGUAAGACCUUCAGACCAGCUGUUCAGCCAUGGAAUAAGGACAUACCGUUGUAUGAUGCUGUUGCGACUGCAGCCUAUUUACGUGUGUAA